CCAACAUAUUUUCCAGCUGUUUACUUCGAAACGGGUGAUUGGGAAUUCAACCUCAUCGAUGGUGGCGUUACAGCACUAAUCCGACAAUGGUGGCUAUGAACGAAAUGAUAAGGGACAGUUUGGAGGAGCACCAGAACACUCGGCAGUUGAAGGCUACAACAGACUGUACCAGGUACUUGGUGCUUUCAUUAGGGACAGGAACAAGUCCGAGUGCGAAUAAAUAUGACGCUGAAAAAGUUAGCAAAUGGGGUAUGGUGCAUGGAUAACUCCAGUCUUGGAAGUGUACUCUGAAGCCAGUACGGAUAUGGUCGACAUUGAAACUGCCAUUCACUUCCGGGCAGUCCAAAGCCAGGAGAAUUAUCUCCGCAUUCAGGCGCGUAGUUUUAUUGAAGAUGUAGCUCCUCCGAUGGACGUUGCAACGAAACAGAGUAUGAAAGAACUAGAAUGUGUAGGGAACCUACUCAUACAUGAGGAUGUUUCAAGAGUGAAUAUUGAUACUGGAGUAUAUGAGAGAGUGGAAGGAGGAGGCACAAACAAACAAGCCCUAGAACGCUUCGCAAAGCUUCUAGUAAAUGAACGCAAAACACGAAAGCGGGAUGCAUGCACGGCAAGAGAACAAAACCUUGAAUGCGCCACAAAGCUUCUCUUGGAUAAACCCGAUGUAAGGCAAGGAAAAGUCGUCAAUAGAAAGUUCACGCAGACGAGCGUGCAAUGAACUGUUUGGAGGCU